AGUAGUUUAUUGAGAGUUGAGUUUGAUCCAACUGUCAUUCUCCAAAUUGAGUAAUUCUGCAACACAAUUCUGACACAUGAGAAUACAGUGACUUGAUGAAUAAUAGGAAUGAAUAGUAUCCUAAUUGUUUUGUACUUAUUCCCAAAGUAGACACCACUUAGUAACCACUGGCAGGCAUAUCAAUCCACUUCAGAUAUAUUUGACCUAAUGGAUUUUUACUUUAACUGCUGGCUCCCCAUAGAGAUGCACUCAGAGCCACUGGAGCCAAAAGGGGGUAAGCCAGUGCUCUGGCUCAGUGUCUGUGUGUCGGACAGACCACAUCAUAUUCCACUACAGGCAUCACAGGGUAGAGCGCCACCGAGGGUCACAGGGGUUUGAGGUCCUCUGAGAGCAGCCACAAAUAGACAAACGAUUGAAUAUUUUGGCGGUCCCCUAUUACCCGAUGUCCUGCAGGGCUCCCCACCACCGGCAGUCCGUUCAUACUGCUGCAAGCAAGACCCGCGUGAAGAUGGGAGAUUGGAACUUCCUGGGUGGGAUCUUGGAGGAAGUGCAUAUCCACUCCACCAUGGUGGGAAAGAUCUGGCUGACCAUCCUGUUCAUCUUCCGGAUGCUGGUGCUUGGCGUCGCUGCAGAGGACGUGUGGAACGACGAGCAGACCGACUUCAUCUGCAACACAGAACAGCCAGGGUGCCGCAAUGUGUGUUACGACCAAGCCUUCCCCAUCUCACUCAUCCGCUACUGGGUGCUGCAGGUCAUCUUCGUCUCCUCACCCUCUCUGGUUUACAUGGGCCACGCCAUCUACCAGCUGCGAGCUCUGGAGAAGACGCGCCACACUAACAGGGCUGCAUUGCGUCGGGAGCUGGAGGCAGUGGCCGUGGAGCUGAUCGAGGUGCGGAGACGCAUCGAGAGGGAGAUGAGACAGCUGGAUCUGGGGAAGCUCAACAAGGCCCCGCUGAGAGGGUCCCUGCUACAGACCUAUGUGGCCCACAUCGUCACCCGCUCUGUGGUGGAGGUGGGCUUCAUGAUGGGCCAGUACCUCCUCUACGGCCAUCACCUGGACACUUUGUUUAAGUGCGAGAGGGAGCCGUGCCCAAAUGUGGUGGACUGCUUUGUCUCCAGGCCCACGGAAAAGACUGUCUUCAUGAUGUUCAUGCAGGGCAUCGCUGCCGUCUCCCUCAUCCUCAGCCUGUUGGAGAUCACGCACCUGAGCUACAGGAAGCUUAAGAAGGGCAUCCUGGCCUACCACCCACACCUGAAGGAUGACUACUACCGUAGCAAAUCCAAAAGAAACUCUGACGUCAAACAAGUUAACAUGGGGGGAACCUCUGGGGGCUACAAGCCUGUUAUCCCCAGCGGACCCAGUGGGUACACACUCCUGAUAGAGAAACAGGGCAACGGACCGACGCAUUCCCUCCUCAAUGCCUCCUCUGCCUUUGUUCCUAUUCAGGUGGACCCUGGUGUCAAGCCAUGUACAGACAGUCACGAUACAGCCAGUAAGGAGGCAGUGCCAAGUCCUGAGCACAACAGCAACUCAAAGAACAUCAACCGUGAGACGACACGCUCUGCCCUUGUGGACAAGAAGGAUGAGCCAGAGGAUCUUGUCGUGCAUCCUCUCACCCACCACAUGGACUUCACAGGGUCACGGGGCUCUGAGUACCCCACCCUACCCGUGCUACCCUUGAUGGAUGCCUCCUCAUGCCCGACCCUUUCGGUCAUUGCAAGAAAACCACGGAGGGUCAGUGCCCCCUGGAACUGUUCCACUGUGGUGGAGGGGAAUGGCUCAGACAGUGGGGACUCCUUCCCUGGGACUAUAAGCAUGAAGCCACCCUGUAGCUUUGCUGCCAGCCGAGCCAGGGCCUUCUCUAAGCCGGACAUCAAGAGACUCAGCAGGCCCCAGAGCCAAGACUCAAUAGAACUGAGAUCAGUGUCUCAGCACAGCCGCGAUGGCAACAGCCCUCCCGUCUGCUCUCCCAACCGCCGAAUGUCACUGGCAAGUAACGGCAGCAGCAGGCGAGCUCCAGGCGACCUGCAGAUCUAAGGUCGGGAUACUGCAGAUGUCCUCCAUCCUGAAAAAGCGUUGAUAUUGUGGCACAAAGCCCACUAAUCAUUUGACAAUAUAAAUUAGACAUUUUGAUUGGGAGGAAAUGGGACUGAUUUUGAAUAGGUCUAUUGCUUAUAUGAAGCUGUACUUUGUUUUUUACUAAACACUACAUCAUACAUUGAUUUGUGUAUUCACAAUUGUAUAAUCAUUUUACUUGAUAAAAUAAAGUACUAAUAUUCUUGAAUUACUAAUGAGAUGAUAUUUUAACAUAAU